UGAGUCUCUAUGAUCCCAACUGUUGACUUCACUCUUCUUCCCAGAGGCGUCCGCCCCGGCCCUUUUCUCCCUGCAGGUGAGCAUGCGCAAGGGCUUGGCGUGCCAUAGCAACCGGAGCGGCAGACGGUAGCAACCAGAAUCAUAAUAAUGGGCGGUCUGCUCACGUUGUGUGUCAGGCAAACCAGUUCCAGCCCCUCAUCUGCAGCGUGCAAUAAGGUUUCAUGAGCCAGCGCUCACUGGGUUCAUCUGAUGCAUAAAGUGGUGGUCUCGACAGAAAGAAAGAAAAAUACAAUAUAUAGAAGGCUGUUCAUUUGAAGAGAGAUCUACAUAAAUUGUUCUUCAUAAAGGAGUUGUCUGAGUAGCGGAAGUCGCCUUCAGUAGAAUGGCAAAAGCAACAACUAUUAAGGAAGCUCUAGCCAGAUGGGAAGAAAAAAAUGGUCAGAAGCCAUCGGAGGCCAAAGAAGUGAAACUUUAUGCCCAGAUUCCCCCUAUAGAGAAAAUGGAUGCAUCUCUUUCCUCUCUAGUUAGCUGCGAAAAGCUGUCCUUAUCUACAAACUGCAUUGAAAAAAUUGCCAACUUGAAUGCGUUAAAAAACUUGCGGAUAUUGUCACUGGGAAGAAACAACAUAAAGAAUCUGAAUGGACUGGAGGCAGUUGGGGAUACUUUAGAGGAGCUGUGGAUCUCAUACAACCUGAUUGAGAAAUUGAAAGGGCUCCAUGUGAUGAAGAAGCUGAAGAUUCUCUACAUGUCAAAUAAUCUGGUAAAAGACUGGGCAGAGUUUCAGAGGCUGGCAGAGUUGCCAUUACUGGAGGAUCUGGUGUUUGUAGGUAAUCCACUGGAAGAGAAACUCUCCGCUGAUUCACAGAGUGCCUGGGUUGAGGAAGCAACGAAACGAGUGCCCAAACUCAAGAAACUUGAUGGUAUUCCAGUUAUUAAGCAAGUAGAAGAGGAAGAAGGGGAAAACCCAGUGUGACUUUUUUCUUGUUUCCUAUUAAAUUAUUGCUGCAGCUCCAGCUCUAUACAGUAUGUGAAACUUUUGUAUAAAUAUGUCUUUGAAGAAAAUCUUGGGCAACAUUUUUAAUUGGCUUAUCUCUGUGUUCUCCUUUCUCACCCAAAGACUUAUUUACCAAAACUGGGGAUGCCAAUUAUGUGAAGCAUUUGUCUUUUUUUCGAUUUAUUUUUACUAUGAGAGUUUACUGUUUUGUUUAAUUUAAAUGUAAUUCUUGCAAGUACAUAUUAAUUGGGGGGGGGACCACAAUUCAGUCUUCCUAGUAAUGGGCACAUUAGUUUAAUGUGUUUGUUCAGCAGAGUUUUUAAUCAUUUUAAAAUUGGGGUGGGGGGAGAAGCAGCAUUUUUUAUUAGACUAUUUAUACCAUCUGCUUUUUUAAAAAGGAAGCACCUGAAACUUUGUAUGCUCUACAUGUUCGUCACAGUGUCUCAUCUUUUUCUUCCUAUCUGCUAUGCUAAUUAUAGUCAUAUGGACACUAGUGACAGUGUUGGUUUUGCCUCUUACAAAAUGAAACUCAUGGUAUAGAUUUUUAAAAAAACACACAUUUGUUGCUGCUAGGAGCCCAGUACUUAACAGCUGUGUUGGUACCUUAAUUGUCAAUGUUUCUGGAAGCCACAUACUGUUUUUAUAUACCAUAUUAAUUGGAAGAGUGAAGGCAAUAUAUGUGGUUGUAGAUGAACUACUAAUUUCCUGACCAUCAGUUUGAUUUGAUUCAUGGGUUGAAUUUUGCAUUCUUUGUUUUAAGACUUGGGCUGCUGGUGUGUUACUGAAUGGCAGAAUCAUUCAUCAGUCUGGAAUGUUGGUAAUGCAAGGAGGGGCAGCAGCUGUUUAAAGAGGCCCAAACCUUGCAGCUUAUUUGAAAAUAAGCUUCAGUUUCAGGGUUCAAUCAAUGGUGAAUGACAGCUGAAGAAAUUGUAGGAAGGAAAGAAGGGAAAGGUAAUGAAGGCUGUAUGUAGUCGACGUGCUCAGAUGCGCUGUAUUUUUACAUAAAACAAGAAAGCCCUAAACUCCUUUCUUCCCUCACCAAUAGAUAUUUUGUUUAUACCAUUGGACUUCUAAAGUCAGUCCUAAAAGAUUUAAAGGAGAGCAACUGGGUGUUGCGGUUUGCUGUAGGCAGUACAGCAGUUAACCUGAAUGCAGAGAUUAACCUGUAUUGGCAUGUUGCAGUCAGUUCUUCCUUUUCUCCAGUUCUUCUUACUAAAUGAUUUUGACUCUGACAAUCAAUUUCAUUGUUAACAUGUGAUAUAGGAGCAUAAAAUGUGGUCCAUAUACCACCAUCAUUUUCCACAUACUCUAAUCCCCAGCCCAAUAAUAUCUAUAAUUUAGUCUUUAGAUAUGCAAAAUAAAAAAAAAUACUCUAGUCUAGUCUUAACCAUUAAACAAACUAGAUGAACAAAGAAGUUAAGGGAGAAAGGAUUUUAAAAAUAAUAAUUUAAUAAACUAAAUAUAUACGCUAAGCUGUCAUAUCAGUAUACAAUAAAUAACACUGGUGAACCUGAUAAGAUUUAUGAUGCAUGUAUAUAAAAAAAUAUAUCAAAUGCCCAAAUGUGGUUCAACCUCAAAGGGUGUUCUUUGAAAUUAACCAAUGAUUGCAAGCAAACCGUACAUGCAGGUUAUUGUAAAAAGAAGUAAACAAGUAAAAGGUCUGGUAAUAUUUGUAGUCCAUAAAUCACCAGCUGAUGUUAAGGAGAAACCACAUUUAUACAUUCAUAAGUAGAGAUCCAUUCAGUCUGUGUAUAGAAAGAGUUGAUGAAGGCUUCCGGGUUCAGCGCCAGCGUCGAUCGGCGGGGUUUCGUCUCGUCUCCGAGACGGCCCGUCUCUGCUAGGAGUGGGGAGGGCAGCGAGAGCAACGCUGCGCCCCUUAGAACCUCGGGAAGGGCGUCCCGAGGGCAAUUUGCUCGGCACAGACCCAAUCCGGACUCCCCAACUCUUCGGUUAGCUCUAAUAAGAGCUCCGGAGCGAGGAGGGUAGAAGUCGCGGGGGCCAUUUUGAGCGGCAACGUUAUUCUAGCAGGGAGAAGCUUCAAGCCGAAGGCGGAGAGCGCUGGAUUCUUCCGAAAAUAAAACGAUUGGAAAAGACUGUAAGUAACCUCACGAUUUGGAUUAUAAAACAAUUUGGUCUGGGAGAGAGGGGAGAAAAGAGGAAGCCACCCCCCCCCACGGCAACAAAGAGACAGUAAAUAGAAACCCGAAGCCAUAAACAGAAGAUUUGUAAUUCAAAAGGAUCCCUCAAAGGCAUCAAAGAGAAUAUCCCCUUUGAUGCAGGGUGAAAAGGGGAGAGAGACUGUGGUUUAUGACUGCCCUGCAGCAAUGAGGUAAAGCCUAAGAAAAACCUUCCUUUCCCUCGGGAGCCGGCAGCCUAGGCAAUUCAGUGAGUUGAUCAGGAUUUAUAAGUCAAUUUUUACUUCACUUUGUAUUUCUGGACUUUGUGGAAUUUCUUUUUUGGCUUAAGUGCUUGUGAAAUGUGAGUUCGAACUUUAUUGUUAACAAGACUUGAAGAAUGCAGCCAGCUUGUUAAAAUGGAGUCGAGAAAAUAAACUGUGAUCAUAUUCCACCCCACGUGAUAAGUUUUGACCUUGGCAGGACUGAAAUAUGUCAACAAAAAAGUGUUCCCCUGAGUUCCAGCGGUCUGUUUUGACCUUAAUGUGGGAAACAAGAAUAGAGUUAUGUCAAGAGGAGACACGACGACAGGAGUUACAGCAGAAAUUUCAGGAGGUGAUGGCGGAAUAUGAUUUUCUAGGAGAUGAAGCUUUUGACACUGAAAAAGAGCAAUGUGAGAAUGACAAUGAUGGGGAAGGAAAAGAUGAAGAUGAGGACUGUGAUGAUUCAACACAAAAUGAAACACAC